UCUCAGUCGAAUGAAUACGUUACAUUUGCUUUGUUAUAUCUGUUAGGCAUACACAUCUAUACUCAUAGAGUUAUAUAGUUUGACCUGAUUGACAACAUUAUGAUGUCCCUGUCCGGAAACUCUGUGUAUCCCCACGAUGUCCUCGCUGUGUGGUUAUGUCUGCUGACAGUAUCCCAGGCGUACGUUAAUGUCGCCCUCAACAAACCAGCAUACUUACAGUACCCUGAUCCAGAUGACGACAACUGGGACGCCAGUAACGCUGUAGAUGGACAUAAAUCAGACCUGAGUAGUGGUGGAGGUCAAUGUGCUUUAUCACAGUACGGACAAACCGCCACCUGGUGGGUCAACCUGACCACCAUCCACAGCAUCCACCACAUCACCAUCUACUUCGAGACGAACAAUCAACCAUUGGGUCCUUCUAAUGGCUACACUAAGUAUUUCCUUGGAUUCUCUGUGUACGUCUCCAAUACAACAGACAGACUACAGGGAACACUGUGUUACAAGGACGACAACUUUACAGUAGACACCAUACCUGCUGUCUUCACCACCACCUGUCCUGUACACGGACAGUACGUCAUCUACUACAACGAGAGACUACCAGGAUUUACCUACCCUGACUAUUACUCUGACAUUGUUGAGACUGCCCUCUGUGAAGUGGAGGUGUAUGGAUGUCCUGCUACCGGAUAUUUUGGGUCCAACUGUUCCGUUCCCUGUCCAGACGUCAACUGUCAGUCCUGUCACAUAGAGACGGGCACCUGUCAGGGCUGUAAACUUGGAUACAAAGGUCACCGAUGUGAAAUAACUUGUGAAGAAGGAACAUAUGGUGCUGGCUGCAAAGAAACAUGUGGACAAUGCCGUGAUAUAAACCAGUGCUCCAUCAACAAUGGGACUUGCUUAAUUGGGUGUGAUGCUGGUUUUAAAGGAGACUUGUGUAAAACUGCAUGUGACCGAGGAUCGUAUGGCUAUGACUGCAGAGAAACAUGUGGACAUUGUCGUGACAAAAACCAGUGUGUCAACAUCAAUGGAUUGUGUCUGACGGGAUGUGACCCUGGUUAUCAGGGAGACUUGUGUAAAACAUCAUGUAACAGAGGGUCGUAUGGUUCUGAAUGCAAUGAAACAUGUGGACAUUGUCGUAACGUAGACCAUUGUUCCAAUAUUAAUGGGACGUGUUUGACAGGGUGUGGUGCUGAUUAUCAAGGAGACUUGUGUAAAACUCUUUGCCCCGUUGGAUAUUUUGGACAAGACUGUUCUGAGACUUGUAUCAACAGUUACACCUGUGAUGGCUGUAACGAUGUCAGUGGUUCAUGUGAUUAUGGCUGCCGUCCUGGCUGGAUAGGAUACUUCUGUCAAAAAAGAAUAGGAUCGGAAGGGGGAGAUGUCAACUACUUGUCAGAACAGGAAUAUGACAUGAGGGGAGAGAACUGCUAAUAGGGUCAAAUGUCGUGUAAAAGACAAAAUAUGGUGUGAAAAGUGAACAUAUCCGAUUUGCUACAUAUUGUACGACAUGUAAACUUUGUGUACUAUUAUUUUGUAAAAUUUUGUUGUCGCCAUCGAUCAUCAUACGGGGCGUCUUCUGUUGCAAGGCCAAAUGCAUUUACCGGGGUAUGGAGAGGGCAAAUGAUAACUGGAUGUCAUUCUCGAAAUGUCAACUGGAAUAAAGACCUGACUGCUUAAUGUAUUAACCGCCGGCAGGUACACCCCAAUCAUUUGCAGGAAUCCAUCUUGUACUUAAAGAAUUAAUGCCUUUACUUGGACACAACUACUGAACUGUGAACUGUAGCAGUUUUUUAAAGCAAUAAUAAAAAGAUAUGGUUGUGCAAUAACGCACAGAAUAUUUCCUAAUCGAUGUAGAUAUUACAUUGUAUUUCUUUCAUCAUGAUUAGUUUAAGAAAAGCUGUAAAUAAUCUUUGAAAACGACGUUCCAUCAAUAACAUUUGCAGACUUCCCAUUUUUAUGACAUUCUCGUAAUAAAAUGAAUGAUUGUACAAAAAAGUGUUUAUCUGUAUAGAAAACAUAUCAAACCCCUGUCACACCGGAGCUGCAUCUUCAUGGCGAUACCGCUGCAUCCUUAAAUAGUGUAGAUCACCGAAGUACACGCAGUAGAGUCUCCUUCAGCGCCUUAACAAAGCAACGGCAUCUUCAUUUGCACCAUAAGGUCUCCAACCUCGCCACAAUAGCUCUGUUGGCGCGCUCAAGGAACGCAGCCAUUUGCAGUGUAGACGCAGUGAUAAGUUGAUUGCACUUGCACGAAGACCCCUCGGAGUCAUUUGUGAUGUCACUGCGUCUCUACCGCGCCAUUGCUGCGCAUCCAUAGCGUUAGAACGAGUUGUUUUCAUUUUGCUACGUUCACACAGCGACCCCAAGGAGCUGUUGCCUCGUCCAUUGCACUCUCUUGACGUUUCCUAGUGCAAUGUCAACCAGAAUACGAAAAUUUGAACAACGACUGUUGUACAAUAGCUAGCGAUGUAGUAAUUUUAAAAUUCAUGUAGAUGACUGUGUAAAAGGAGAAUUUGCGAAUAUUCCAGGACAUAUUGGAAGACGUAGAUCGAAUUCAUGUCUUUUUUUCUGAUGUUUUCGCAUUUUUUCAACUAAUAACGGUUCUUUUGGUAGACCUGUUUACUAGGAUGUGUGUCUUUCAAAAUUAUUUAGAAACUAGUUACGUUUCAAUUUACUAUGAACCUUAUUUUAUCAAAACAAAAACAUAUUUUUAUCAUUCAUUUACCAGUUGUAAAGUGUAAAGACCACUUGACGGAUACUCAACGAAAGCACAAUCAAUCGCCAAGUAGAGAUCUGUGGAAACACAGUUACACGCCGCGGGAGUUCAGUAGAAACUCCUCAGUCGUCGUCAGGACGCCGUGGCAUUUUAUUCGUAAAAAUUUCAGAUAAAAUUGAACAUUUGUUUUCUGAAUUUGGUUUGCGAUCCUUCGGCGAUUCCAUGAAUUUUACAACGCUGUUAAUACGUUGUUGAAAGGCAACUUUGUGUUACAGGGUUUUAAUAUAAUUGAUCAUUACAUUAUCUUUAUUAAAGGCACUGAAUGUAGAUAUAAUAUUUUACUACAAUUAAGCUUUUUAAAAAUCAGAUCUGUUUGUGUUUUAUUUUUCUUUUAAAGUUUGCAUUUGUCAACUUUAUUCCAGUUAAAAAAAACUGUAUGAUUUUUUUUAAUUUGAAUGUUCUGUUCUUAUCAAAACAUAUUUUAGAAAGCUGUGAACAUCUUCACUGGUAGUUUCGUAUUUAAUUAUUUACAUUCUUGAAAUACAAAUAUAAUCAGCUAUUGUAUGUUUUCAUAUGACACUUUGCUGCUUUGUUUGUGAUGUGACGUCAGAGCUCGCUUGUUACAGUAUUAAAAGUAUCGUUUGCGAGGAAAGAGUCGCCGGGAAAUUGGAGGAGGAGGAGGAAUAUCCUGGAAUUUCUGUAAUUUAUCAAGGGGUUUCUGACAAAGAACUGUUUUACCAUGCGAUGUGUGUUGUCUGUAAAAUGGCUAUAGACUUGUGACCGGCCUGUGGGAGUACCGUCCAUUUAACUGCCCCGUGUAAUCGUAACAAUCAGCUCCGAUCAGUCGAGUAUAUGUUGAAAUGUGUUUAGAUAAAUUAAAAUUAUUACUGUUAAUAUUAUUAUUAUCAUUAUUAUUAUUAUUAUUAUUAUUAU